AAAAACACACCCAAACGCACACACUCUCCCUUCCUCAUCUCUCACUCUCUCUCUCAUUCUCUUUCUCUUUCUUCCCCAAAGCUCUUAUUUCUUUUCUCUCUCGCCAAACCCUAACCCUAACCCCCCAACAUCUACCAAUCUCUCUAAAACCCUAACCCUAAUCUCACCUCCAGAUCGCCUUCUUUCUUUUGGCUGAGGAUGGAUUCUCAGCCAAACAACCUCUUCGAAACGGCGUCGCAGCCAGACACGGCCAACGACGCCUACACUUUCCUCGAAUUCAACACGCAGGGCGAGGAUUUCGACUAUCCUGAGUUCCGCGACCCGAUUCGCUCUCCAGUCUCGUGGCCCACGCCUUCCGAUUCGUUAUCCGACCCGAACGACAGGGGUCCCGGGUCGGACCACCAGUCCGAGACCUCGCCCGUAUCGGCUGCCCCCGGAAGCGCCACGAAAGCUCGGGCAGUCGGCUCGGGAAGCAGCAGUGGUGGUGGGAAUAAUAAUAGCAAUACUAAUAUCAUGAGCAACAACAACAAUAGCAGUAGUAAUAAUCAGGUGGUGGAAGCCCUAGCGGCCGGGAUGGGAGGGUUGAACUUUGAGGAGACCGGGGACGACGAGAGCUACGAGUACGGCAAAGGGGAUUUCACUGAACACGCGUGUCGGUACUGUGGCGUGUCGAACCCGGCAUGUGUUGUGCGUUGCAACGUGCCCUCGUGUCGUAAGUGGUUCUGCAAUUCCAGAGGGAACACGUCCGGCUCGCAUAUCGUCAAUCACCUGGUUCGAGCAAAACACAAGGAAGUAUGUCUUCAUAAAGACAGUCCUUUAGGAGAAACAAUCCUUGAAUGCUACAAUUGUGGAUGUCGUAAUGUGUUCUUGCUUGGCUUUAUUUCGGCAAAGACAGAGAGUGUGGUUGUUCUUCUUUGUAGGGAACCUUGCUUAAGUGUUAAUGCAUUGAAGGACAUGAAUUGGGACCUGAGCCAGUGGUGUCCCCUGAUUGAUGACCGGUGUUUUUUGCAGUGGCUUGUCAAGAUCCCGUCUGAACAGGAGCAGUUGAGGGCACGCCAGAUCAGUGCUCAACAGAUAAACAAGGUUGAAGAACUUUGGAAAACAAAUCCUGAUGCUUCCCUGGAAGAUCUUGAGAAGCCUGGUGUGGACGAUGAACCUCAGCCUGUAGCCUUGAAAUAUGAAGAUGCAUAUCAGUAUCAAAAUGUAUUUGCUCCACUAAUUAAGCUUGAGGCUGACUAUGAUAAAAUGAUGAAAGAAUCUCAAAGCAAAGACAAUGUUACAAUUCGGUGGGAUAUUGGUCUUAACAAGAAGCGUAUUGCAUAUUUUGUUUUUCCAAAGGAAGACAAUGAGUUGCGCCUUGUACCUGGAGAUGAGUUGCGGCUGCGUUAUUCUGGAGAUGCAGCACACCCAGCAUGGCAGUCAGUGGGGCAUGUGAUCAAGCUAACUGCACAAGAGGAGGUUGCACUUGAACUUCGUGCUAGUCAGGGAGUUCCAGUUGAUGUAAACCAUGGUUUCAGUGUUGAUUUUGUGUGGAAAAGUACAAGCUUUGAUCGCAUGCAGGGAGCAAUGAAAACUUUUGCAGUGGAUGAGACUAGUGUUAGCGGGUACAUUUACCACCACUUGUUGGGCCAUGAAGUUGAAGUUCAAAUGGUUCGCAAUACACUGCCUCGUCGUUUUGGCGCACCUGGUCUUCCGGAGCUCAAUGCAUCUCAAGUGUUUGCUGUAAAGAGUGUCCUUCAGAAACCUAUAAGUUUGAUUCAAGGUCCACCUGGCACGGGGAAAACAGUAACCUCUGCAGCGAUUGUAUAUCACAUGGCCAAACAAGGCCAGGGGCAAGUUUUGGUUUGUGCCCCUAGUAAUGUGGCUGUAGACCAACUAGCGGAAAAGAUAAGUGCUACUGGGUUAAAGGUUGUUAGGCUUUGUGCAAAAUCAAGGGAAGCUGUGAGUUCUCCGGUUGAGCAUCUGACCCUUCACUAUCAGGUUCGACAUCUUGACACAUCUGAAAAGAGUGAGCUUCACAAGUUACAACAACUGAAAGAUGAACAAGGAGAAUUGUCUAGCAGUGAUGAGAAAAAAUAUAAAGCACUGAAGCGGGCAACUGAAAGGGAGAUUUCUCAAAGUGCUGAUGUCAUCUGUUGCACGUGUGUUGGUGCUGGAGAUCCUCGAUUGGCAAAUUUUAGGUUCCGCCAGGUACUUAUUGAUGAGUCCACGCAGGCUACAGAACCUGAAUGUCUUAUUCCUUUGGUUCUUGGGGCAAAGCAGGUUGUUCUUGUUGGGGACCAUUGCCAGCUUGGUCCAGUCAUUAUGUGCAAGAAAGCAGCUCGUGCUGGCUUAGCCCAGUCUCUCUUUGAACGUCUUGUUCUACUUGGCGUGAAACCAAUUAGGUUGCAGGUUCAAUAUCGUAUGCACCCAUCUCUGUCAGAAUUUCCUUCUAACAGCUUCUAUGAAGGCACACUACAGAAUGGAGUAACUAUAAAUGAGAGGCAAUCUUCAGGAAUUGACUUUCCUUGGCCUGUGCCCAAUCGCCCAAUGUUCUUUUAUGUCCAGAUGGGACAAGAGGAGAUAAGUGCUAGCGGAACAUCCUAUCUGAAUAGGACUGAGGCUGCUAAUGUAGAGAAGAUUGUAACUACUUUCUUAAGGAGCGGUGUAGUCCCUAGUCAGAUUGGGGUGAUAACACCAUAUGAGGGACAAAGAGCAUAUAUUGUGAACUAUAUGUCUAGAAAUGGUGCUCUUAGACAGCAACUUUACAAGGAGAUUGAGGUUGCAAGUGUAGAUUCAUUUCAAGGAAGGGAAAAAGACUACAUUAUUCUGUCAUGUGUGAGGAGUAAUGAACAUCAGGGAAUUGGAUUCCUUAAUGAUCCCCGUAGGCUCAAUGUUGCACUAACUCGUGCUCGAUAUGGUAUUGUCAUUCUGGGGAAUCCUAAAGUCCUGAGCAAACAGCCACUGUGGAAUAGCUUAUUGACACACUACAAGGAGCAUGAAUGCUUGGUUGAAGGACCUCUGAAUAAUUUGAAACAAAGUAUGGUUCAAUUUCAAAAGCCUAAAAAGAUCUACAAUGAUAGGAGGCUUUUCUUUGGUGGUGGACCUGGUGUUGUGCCUAAUGAUACUUUUGGUUCUGUUGCCUCAUCUCCAAAUGCUGAUAGAAGAAGCGGUCGUGGUAGGGGUACUUUUGUAUCUCCUGGCCCUCCUAAUGGUACCCAUAAGCCUGGGGUGCAUCCUGCCGGCUAUCCAAUGCCUCGGGUUCCCCUUCCACCAUUUCCUGGUGGUCCCCCUUCUCAGCCAUAUGCUAUUCCAUCUCGUGGAGCAGUGCAUGGACCAGUCGGAGCUGUUCCUCAUGUUCCUCCACCAGGAAGUCGGGGUUUUGGGGCUGGGCGUGGCAAUGCUGGUGCUCCUAUUGGCAGUCAUCUGCCUCACCAACAAGGCACCCAGCAAGCUAUUGGAAAUAUUGGCUCUACUUUCAACUUUCCUGCACUGGAGAAUCCAAACAGCCAGCCAUCUGUGGGUGGCCCAUUAUCUCAACCUGGGUUUGUUAAUAAUAUGCCAGUUCAAGGGCCUAGCCAAACAUUUCGAGAUGGAUUUUCCAUGGCGGGCAUGUCCCAGGAAUUCUUGGGUGAUGACUUCAAAAGCCAGGGAUCACAUGUUCCUUAUAAUGUUGCUGAAUUUUCCACUCAGGCUUCUCAAAGUGGAUAUGCUGUUGAUUAUGUUACUCAAGGAGCACAAGGUGGGUUUCCUGGGAACUUUCUAAACCAGAACUCUCAAGCUGGAUAUUCUCGCUUUGGUACAGGGAAUGAUUUUAUGUCCCAGGACUACAUGACGCAUGGUUCGCAAGGCCUAUUUACUCAGGUUGGCUUCAAUGACCCCUCACAAGAUGAUGCAUCACAGAGCCACUUUGGUGUGGCAAAUGCGAACCCACUUCAGUCUCAGGGCUUGAUGAAUUCUCUCUACUCUCAGCCCUUUGCCCACUACAACACGCAACCACCACUGAACUUGCAGGCUCCGCCACAGCAGCCUCAGCAGGGUCAGAGCUCUCAAAAUCAGAAAAUCCAUUUUAAUGGUUGAGAGAGGAAACUGUUUCUCUGAUGGGUUAUAGUCCUUGCAUUCAGCAACUUGGUUUUGUGCUCUCAUGUGUGCCCAAGUAUCUGCUGCCCUAGAAUGCAGAAGGGUUUGCCUUUUGUGGGGGUCAGUUUGAUUAUCUCCACAACCCGUGGUUGAUUAUUUUGGGGGUUGGGAAUAAGAUAAUUGGCAAGAUGAAUGGGCCUUUGAGAAAAACACUGGCAGCACAUCCAGGGCUGAGAAAGAAAAGGAUAACCAUAACCCCUAGUACCUGCUUGGAGUUUUGUGUUGUUUUUGAGAGAAGGUAAAUUAUUCCUGAGGGAGAGCAUUACAUGACAUGGUUUGGUCGAAAGGGUGUGGACCAUUAAGAAAGCCUAAGAAGCAGGGCCAUUUACAACGUACAGGGAAAACCAUUUAUACAGAAGCAGUAACCACUGAAAUUUUUGUACAGCCAGCUGGGGAAAGUCAGCCUAACCCUUUCAGCUCUUCCUGACAUGUAAUUACACUCCACAUUAUUGUUGAAUAGACGAUGACGAUAUGUUAGGAUUGUUUGCGAGUGCAAAGUAUUGCUACCAGAUUGAACUGUGGUGGUAUAUAAAAAAUUGUGAUAAUGGUUUUCAUGUGUAA